AUGCAUCAUUUUGAAACGGCAGUUUGCACAACUGCAUCCCAGUAUGGUCCAGCCCUCAAUGCAGUCAAUUUAAGUUUAAGUGAUAUGGAGGAAGAGGAAUUAAACCUCUUUUAUGUCAUAGAAGCUAUCAAUGAUGGUGAACUGAAAUUUAGCAAAUUACCAUUAUUUAAAAUUCCCCCUCUUUUCAAAAACUGUACUGUCGAAGAAAUAAGAGAAGAACUGAAAGAGUUCGGCGUUAACAACGUUCUGAAUAUUAAAAUAACAAAAAAUGGUCAAAGAAUUGAUACAAAUACAUUCAUCAUUUCAUUCCAAACUACUAAAUUGCCAAAGUCAAAGCCAACAUAUGUAGAAAUAGUCAAAGGUAAAAAAAUGAUUGACAUAGGUAUUCAAUGUGAUAUUAUUAACAUUCCACUGAAAAGCAACAAAGUAAAGACAAGAGAAAUUGAGCAGAAUCUAAAUAGAGAUAUAAACAAAACAAAUAUUUGCAGUGAUAAGUCAAGUUGCAUGGACCCAAUUGAGGUUUAUGAUUUUGGUGAUGCCGGUGCAAGUGAUGAAGAUAAAUGGGAACGCAAUGCUACAAAAAUAAACAGAACUAAGCAAUAUACUAGAGGCAACUAUAAUUCAAAACAAAAUAAAUGA